AACAUUAGAUUAUUAUUUAUUUUGUUUUGCUACCUAGUUCUAACUUCUAAUUACGUUUUUAUAAAUUAAACAAACUGAAUGUCUUGCUCUAUUGUAAUGUGAUCAUAAUAUUAUAUUGCUAUAAAGAAUAGAUCAUCAUAAAAUAUGGAUUCUGGAGAUACUUCAAAAUACUUCCAGAGUACUUGCAAAAGGCUUGCAGAAAGUUUUUUCAACACGUCAUGUGAAGCAUUGGCUAAAAAUCUAUUAGGGAAAGUCCUUGCUCGACGUUUAAAUGACGGAUGUAUAAUCAAAGGUAGAAUUGUAGAAACUGAAAGCUACUUGGGCGGUGAAGACGCUGCGUCUCAGUCUUACGGUAACAAAGUGACUCCAAGAAACGAACCUAUGUUUAUGAGUCCGGGAACGGCAUACGUAUAUUUCACUUACGGAAUGUACCAUUGUUUUAAUAUUUCAAGUCAAGGAGAAGGUGCCGCAGUAUUGUUGAGAGCUUUGGAACCUUUAGAGAACUUAGAAAGAAUGACUGAACUCCGGAAGCGGUAUCGUAAAAGUCCAAAAACUACAUUAAAAACUAAAGAUUUAUGUAAUGGUCCAGCAAAAUUAUGCAUAAGCCUUGCAAUUGAUAUAGAAACUUGUAAUAGACAAAAUCUUAUUUCUUGGGACGGUAUGUGGUUGGAGGAUGAUGGACAAGAUGAUUUAUGUAAGACUAUAGUCGCUGCUCCUAGAAUUGGUAUCAACUGUGAAAAAAAAUGGCAAAAUAAGUUACUACGUUUUUACAUUCAUGAUAAUCCGUAUGUCAGUAAAAUAGAAAAAGCUAAAAUGGAAUUUAUGCAACUUCCAUAGGAUUUUUGGUUCUUAUAAUCGAUUUUAAAAUUACGUUUCAUAAUAUCUAAGUUAUCCAAGUUCCAUGUUAUAAUAGAUUAUGAUUUCAAUGGUUUUAA